AUGAAUCUAUCUAUCAAUGGUUGGGAGCGAAGGAGCAUUGCAUGGUGUUUGAAAUUAGAGAGAGGAAAAUGCAACGACUAUGCUUCAUUUGUUUUUGUAGUUUUGUUUGAGUUGGUGUGCACGCGAGGCUUGGCUUAUCCACUCGCGGGGAAUGAGGGAUGUGGAGUGGGUAUGCGAUGGUCAACCAUUGCUUGCUCCGCUUUUGUUGAUCCACCAGAUAAGAAAGUAAAUUAUGCACUACCGCUAAGUCGUCCAACUUAUCCACCAAGGGAUUCGUGGAAUUACUAUGGAUUGUGUUGGGAAAAUCUACCAAAUUAUUCUUAGGUUGCAGUAAGCAGAUAAAGAGGUCAUUUCGCCUCUUGUCCCUGAAUAUGGGUAAUAUGUUCUAAAAAAUUCUUGCUCCAAUUUGACCUAGUUGGCGAGCUUCUGUUAGCUGCAAAGAAUAAUACAGCAAGCGAGUGUACCUUUGUUCGCUUCUCCUCUACCAAGCAUGGAAGUUCAAGGACACCCUUAAGUCAGUAGCUACCUAAGGAAACUUUGAUUCAAUCCGCCCCCAUGGGAGGCAUCUACCUUAUCCCGAUCAGAAGGAAAGGUUCACCAUGA